AUAAUCGUUAUUGCAUUUCUAUUUUUCAAGGUUUACCCAAGAAGUCAAGAACCUAGAAUUAGACAAAUCAAACCCCCUUUUUUUUUUUUGCAUUUUUGUCAAGAAAUUCAUCCUUCAUCAAUUACAUAUCUCCAUUCCAACAACUACCCAUCUUCACUUCACACCAAAAACCAACAACCAACCAACAAUCAACCAUCAACAAUGGGGUGGUUAACAAGAUUUGUUGUAGCACUAUCAUUCUUAGCAAUUGGGAUAAUCUUCUCCCCAGAAACCUUCAAAUCAUCAAACUCAAAUUCUUCAUCUCUCUCAACUAUCCUCAAAUUAUCUCAUCUCCUAUGUUUUUCCACUGCUUGGGGUGCUGCUUUGUGGGCCACCUUCAUUGGUGGGAUUAUUAUGUUCAAGAAUUUGCCAAGGCAUCAAUUUGGGAAUUUGCAGAGUAAGAUGUUUCCUGCUUAUUUUACUUUGGUGGGUGUUUGUUGUGCUGUUUCAACGGCGUCGUUUGGGUAUCUUUAUCCAUGGAAAUCAUCAUCUUCUACUGAGAAGUAUCAGUUAGGGUUUCUGGGUUUUGCUUUUUUGUUCAAUCUCUCCAAUUUGUUGGUCUUUACUCCUAUGACUAUCAAGAUGAUGCGGCAGAGGCACAAGGUUGAGCGGGAGAACAACAUUGGGGAGGAAGUCGGGUGGACCAAGAACCAAGAAGUCGCAAAGAAAAACCCGCAGCUUGCACAAAUGAAUAAGAAGUUCGGUAUGAUACAUGGAUUGUCUUCUCUGGCUAACCUCUUUUCUUUCGGCUGUCUUGCUAUGCACUCGUGGUACUUAGCCAGUAAACUCGACCUAUGAUCGGACCAUACCAUCUUGCCAUUAUCAUGGGAGUACUUUUGGUGUUAAUCUUGCUCUUGUUUCAUUAUAGUAAAUAAAAACUCCAGUUUUUGGACAAGUUCACACAUAUAAAUUUGCAGUGUACAACAAAUAUUCUAGCUUUUAGGGAUUAUAUUUCCAUCUUUGUAUUUAUGAUAUUGAAUUCUGCUGCUGCAAUAAUUUGCUUGAGAUUUCCAUGGA